AUGGGGAAUCGAAGCGCAACCGGGGCAAUGGAACAUAAGCGACGAGCUCUGCAGUGGGUCGGCGCUGGGUGCAAGCCCCACCAUCGACGAGCAAGCUUUCAACCCUUUCAUCAAAUGCGACUGCACUUUCAAUUCCGCCACCGUCUGCCGCAUCACCGCCCUGUUUGUACCCACCUCUUUGUUCCCUCUUUUUUUUUGGGGGGUUGCUCUAUAAAGUAA